AGAUCAGACUUGGAAGGUUCUAGGUUUUUACGGUUGGUAUGUAUUUUAAACGUUAAAUUUUUUUUGAUGAGAAGUUUUGCUACCUAUUACUAACUGUAACUAAAAUUGAAAGAAAAGUAAUUGGAGCUAUACUCCGCUCGUGGAAAAUCCAAAGAUGAAGAAUGUAGGUUCAAGCCAAUAGCGAUGUCGUGCUUCGUUCACAUUGCUCAUGAGACUUUGUUCUACCAGUAAACGCAGUAAACAUUUAAAAGAGGUCCUAAAUCCGGUAGCAAUAGGAUCUAGUCUAGUUAGGUUUAAAAAAAAAACCCAACACAGGUACGGAAAUAAUACAACAUCCUUAGCUCUUGUGAGUAAGGACAAGAUUGGAUUUUCUUCUGGUUAAACCAAACUUAACAGUGUAAGAAAAGGAGGAAGAAAAACCUGAUCCAACCUACCAUUCCCUACAUUACCAACCUACCAAUUAGAACUUUCAAAUUUGUGCCAAUUUUCAGCUGAAUUUAGCCCACAAAAUGUACUAUUCUGACCACAAUGGAAAUCAAAGCAAAGCGUUAUCAAUUAACAAUUAAUAUGAAGUGAUACGACAGUUAACGAUCGCUAACCAUGGGCCAUCUCACUUUGAGUAAAAUUACUUUUUUCCGCUGUCGAAGACAUGCAAGAUACGGAGGUGCCCUAUGGCUUGAUAAAAAGACCAAGGAAGUCCAACAACGUUUCCAGUGUCGCUCUUUGUGCAAACAACACCCAAAGUUACUCGGGUAAGGAACCAUGAAGGUGUUCCUCUGUUUCGUUACCGUGCUCUGUGCGCUAUGGAUUAAUCCCACUGCUGGUGCAAGGAUACACAAUCGUAUUGUUGGUGGUCAGGAUAUCACCAUUGAGCAAGCUCCCUAUCAGGCAUCCCUGAUUUACCACGACAAUCACUGGUGCGGUGCUGUCCUCCUUCGACGUAAUUUUGCCCUAACAGCAGCGCACUGCUUCGACGUCUGGGAUUUUCAUCUCUUCCGCGAUGUCUUCCACAUUCGCGUUGGAUCAACCUUCAUUAAUCGCGAAGGCUUGAUUGCCACCCUCAUUGACGUAACACUUCAUCCCCAAUUCAAUCCGGACACGUAUAACUUUGACGUAGCAGUGAUUCAAAUCUGCGAUUGUUUCGACUGGACGCCUCGUAUUCAGCCUAUCGCACUUCCGGCCGCCUUCCAACACACUCCCGAAGGGAGCCUUGGUUUUGUCUCCGGAUGGGGAAGACUUUGGUAUCAAGGCCCUAUUCCGGAUAUCCUCCAGGCAGCCCACAUGCCUAUCCUUAACAGAGAUCGCUGCAUGGAGACAUUCGCAGACAUUAACCCUCUAACUGAUUCAAUGUUCUGCGCGGGAUCUUUCUACGGAGGUCUUGAUACCUGCCACGGGGACUCUGGUGGCCCAAUGGUGCUCAACGGGGAAGUGAUUGGGCUUGUCUCUUGGGGUAUUGCAUGUGCCCAAGUAGAUUACCCUGGAAUUUACACCAAUGUUAGCUUCCUUAGGCCAUGGAUUGAUCAACAAUUGCCUUAAUUUUGUCACUAAACUUAACACUUUUUGAGUGAAAUUAUUAAACAAGUGAAAAUAUUUGAAAAAAAAAAAAUCGUUUUCCUUUCCGAGAGAUCAAAAGAAAUAUUCUGUGAGUGUUCAAUAAAAAUAUGUAUA